AUGUUACCAGAAUGUUUACGCAUAAUAUUUUUAUUUCUCGUCGAAGAAUCCCCUAGAAAUAUUUCUCCUUCCAAUUACGAAGUUCCUGAUAAUACAUGUAAUAAUGAAAUUAAGAGAAAUAAGAAAACCUAUGCAAAUAUUCCAUAUAUUAUUACCAAAGACUUGAGAUCUUGUACAUUGGUAUCAAGACAUUGGUAUGAAAUUUCAACACCAAUAUUAUAUGCAUAUCCAUUUCACAAUUUUCAUAAUAUACGAUAUUGUAACACAAGAUAUAAUCAAAAAGAACACGACGAAGCGUUUAAACCGUAUUAUAAACUUAUUCGCACCUUAAUGAGUUGCAUUCCUGAAGAAAUUCUUAAGCAACAUCUUCCUACGUACAAAUUUAAUAAUGAGCUUAAAUAUGAUUUUUGUAAAAGGGCUAAUCCAACAUGUAAUUAUUUUAGUUUAAUUCGUGGGCUAUAUUUUACCGAAGAAUUAUUCAAUUUAAGCUCUUGGGAUCAUUACAAAGAUGAUUGGUUACCAUCGUAUUUUCCAAAACAUGUAUCAGGUUUGGGUCUUCCUUUGAAUGCACUAAUAGAAGAAUCAUUUGUUUUGCUCGUAAUGAAAGAAUUCGUUAAAUUCUUUUGUGAGAAUUGUCAUGACAGUUCAUCAAUACUUGAGUUGCAUGAAUUAUUACAACGUGAUAUAUAUUACACGGCGAUCGAAUCAUUACCACCAAAGAAACUUAGUGGACUUAAGGAGUUAUAUGGUGAAGAUAUUUUACAAUAUGUGAUAGAAUGUCCUACAAGACCGAGAUCGGGUAUAAUUUAUCUUUAUAAGAAUCUCUUGCCAAUAACCAACCUAACCUUAUUCGGUAAUAAGGCAAUUAAUUCUAAACGCCAGGCAAAUUAUUUAUCACAUUUCAUUUCUUCCCAAAACAAAUUACAACAUAUCAUAUUAUCGGAGGGGGAAUUAUCAAUGUUAAAUAAUCAGAGAAAAGUCAUCUCAGAAAGAUAUUAUAAUAUCGUUUUACCUUCAUUGGCUGUUCAUAAAGAAUGGUUGGUUAAGUUAGAAUUCAGAAAUAUACAUUUUGGUGAAGUUUUGGAUCAAGGUACUGUCAAUUCAUUGGCAUCAAUCGAAAAUAUUAAAGAAUUAAAAUUAAUUAAGUGUAACAUUCUUGAGGGUGAUUUGAUUCAAUGGGCUAGAAGUAUAAAUAAACUUGAAAUAUUUGAAUUUGAAGCAUUAGAUUAUCCUACACUUUAUAUUCCUGAGAAAUUUUUAGAAAUUCUUUUCCAAAAUUCUUCUCAAACUUUAGUAAAGUUGUUACUUAAUUAUAAAAGAAAUUAUAACCAAGAUUCCAACAUUUUAAGAAAAAUUUCACAAUACUUGCAUAAUCUAACCUACUUAUACCUUCCGACAUUAAGUUCAAGGGAAUUAUUACCCGUAUUUGUAAAAUGUCAAAAGUUAAUAUAUAUUAGCUUUGGGUUAACAUAUAAUACCUAUAAUUUGAAAGAAUUAGGUGAAUAUGUCCCAAAAUUUCUUCAAUUUAUUCAAUUUAGAGAUUUUAGAGAUAUGAAUGAUAUUUUACCAAAUGAUGCUUUAAAAUUUUUUCUACAAAAAUCUGUUGAAAACGGAAGGUUAAAAUAUUUAGAAAUCAAAGGAAAUGGUAACUUACCACAGGAGUACUUCAGAUUUACUAAAGAAAUUGGCAUACAAUUAAUUUACGAAGCGUAAUAGAAAAAUUCUGAUUCAAUUACGGCUUUAAGUAGUACAGUAUUAAGUUUUCUUGUAUUCUC